AUGGCCAGGGACAUUCCGGGGGCCGACCGGCCGGAGAGCGCGCUCGAUCAGCACGCCACCAACAAGGCCGCCGGCGAGAAGGCCGCCCUCGGGGGCCUCCUCGGCUCCAAGCAUGGACUCGUGAUGGACGGCGACCUGGUGGCGGUGUUCCGCAACGAGGCGCAGCAGUACGCCGUGCCCUACGGCAUGGCGCGGCCCAGGGCGCUGUCCAGGCCCGGCCACUCCAGCCUCGCGUGGAGCAGCGCCAGCCCCUGGCCCAGCCACGACCCGGAGCAGGUACGGCUUCCAAUCCAAACACUGUGA